CCCACCUCCCCCCGAUCCAACCGUCUCCAGCCGCCACCCCUGGUUGCCCCUGCUGCUGUUCUGCGCCUACCCUCCUAUGGUGUGAUCCUCCCCUCCUCCCCUGCUACUGUUGUUCUCCUCCCCUCCCCUCCCCUCCCCUGGUUGCUGCUCCUGCUGUUGUGCUCCUCCCCUCCUCCCCUGGUUGGUGUGGCUGCUGGUGUGCUCCUCCCCUUGCUGCUGCUUAACUCACGUCAGACUCAUCGACCAUGAGUCUAGACUAGUCUAGAGUCGCCCCCCCUGAGCGGCUCGUCGACUCAUCGACUCGAAAACAUUGGAACCACCUCUCGCAGUCCAACAAUGGAGGGCCUCCUCGACAAGCCCCUGAACCCGAACAAGCUUCUUAAGGAGCAAUUCGUGAGCAACCUGACGGGGUCGUCCCUGCUGGAGAUCGCGGCGCUCUCCACUAUCGUGCCGGCAGUGGUGGUUUUAAGGAAAUGGAGCAGCAGAGAUAAUAUUAGGAGGGAUUCAGUGAAGAAAAAUGAUGAUGCUCUUGCUGGUCAUAAAGAUGGAGUGUAUUACUUUUCAGCGUUGGUUAUAGAUUUUCUCACUGUUGUAUUGCCUAUACUUCUGAUUUUCACGAUCUUAGCUGAAUGGGCUUAUAUUUGUGCAAUUUCUCUUGUAGCUGUGAUAUCUAUCUACAUCUUGUUUAAAAGGUCUCAGUCUCAUCUCAAGGCUCAACAGCAUCUGCCUUCUCUUAGGGCAGACAUAUCUUCUUACCGAGUGUCAGUGGUUUUAGUGACAUGCGUGUCCAUAUUGGCAGUGGAUUUCAAAAUCUUUCCUAGACGGUAUGCAAAGGCUGAAACAUAUGGUAGUGGCAUUAUGGAUCUCGGAGUAGGGUCUUUUGUAGUGGCUAAUGCACUAGUGUCUAGACAAGCACGAAACAUAACCUCAUUGAGAUGGAAGGCAGCACUGAAGUCCAUAAGUCCUCUAGUAUUUCUUGGCUUUGCUCGUCUUAUCUCUACAUCAGGUGUUGAUUAUCAGGUACAUGUAGGAGAAUAUGGUGUCCAUUGGAACUUCUUUUUCACCCUUGCAGCAGUUUCUAUCCUUACAUCCAUUAUCAGGAUUCAUCCUAAAUAUUGCGGGACAGUUGGUAUGCUUGUUCUUGCAGGAUACCAGGUAUGGCUAAAUUUUGGGUUGAAUAAGUAUCUCACAUCUGAUGAGAGAAGUGGUGAUAUCAUUGGCCAGAAUAAGGAAGGCGUGUAUAGCAUAUUUGGAUACUGGGGUAUGUACCUGAUUGGUGUAUCUCUGGGUUACUUUUUGUUUCAUGACCUUAGUUCAAAAGGAAAGAUUAGGAGCACUCAAGUGGUAAAAGUAUGGGUUCUCGCAGCAUCAUUUUGGAUUUUGGCAAUCAUUCUUGACAGCUAUGUUGAAAGAGUCUCUCGACGAAUGUGCAACUUCGCCUAUGUUAUGCUUGUGUUUGGCCAGAAUUUUCAGGUUAUAUCUAUUCUCACACUAGCGGGGUCCAUUUCACAUGACAAGAAUUUGGUUCUUGAGGAAGCAUUCAAUCAAAAUAUGCUUGGCGCAUUCCUUGUGGCAAAUAUCCUAACUGGUCUAGUAAAUCUCUCAGUUGACACGCUUUCGGCCUCUCCCCUCGCUGCCUUCAUGAUUUUGGUAGCAUACACCUUUACUUUGUGCAUGCUUACUGGUCUUGCUCACUUUUCUGGUGUUAGGAUAAAAUUUUGGUGAAUAUGGAUUUUGUCUAUCUAGUACUGUACGAGUAGGGCGUUUUGGUGACCGAGCUCCAUGGAGCCCUUUAUUUUUGAAAAAUUCAAAAUUCAAACUUUUUGACUUCAAAAAAUUCUGAAAAUAAAUAUGUAACUAUACACGGAUGAAUGCAUGUGUGUGUAAAAAUUCAAGAUGAAAUACUUCGAAAUGCGACCUAUAGAAAAAAGACAAAUUUCUGGACUUUGAGGAUGAAUAGUAACAUGUGUUAAAAGGCCUCAGAUUUGUCUUUUUUGCACAGCCUUCAUUUCAACGUAUUUCGUCCUAAAAAUUUACACACAUGUGUGUUAUGCCUCCAUGUAUAUCUGUAAUUUUUUUCAGAUUUUUUUGAAUUGUAAAAAUAUGAAUUUUCAUGAUUUUGGUGUUUUUCAAAAACCGGCCUCCAUGGAGGCCGAGCUCCAAAAGGCAUUUUCGGUACUGUACUUUGUAUGUAUGGAGUAUCUAAUCUUGAUUUUGAGGAAGACACGUUUGUGUAUUGAAACCGAGCCCUAAGGGCUCGUAUGUGGUCAAUUACCAAAGCCCUACCCAUUGUAGGUGGUAUAUGAAUCAAGAUGAGUGUUGUUUAUUCA